AUGGCGACCUCCGCUGUAUCCUUAAUCAGGAGAGGAUGUCACAUAUUAUGCAGACAAAUACUUGUCAAUCAACUGAGAAUACCCGUCGUUGCUCUCCAACCUCAGACAACAGCAUUUUUAUGUAUGUCAAGUAGGCAAUUUCAAGAGGAUGUAUCUGUAAAAACAGAAGAGGCCUCUCCUGAAACUGAAACAGAACAGGAUUUAAGUAUUAGCCACACAUACCAGAGACCGACUGACAAUUUAAUAUUCGGUGGAAUUGCGUUUAAGGACCUACCUAUUGUCCAUAUCAAAUCAACUUACAAUAACACACACUUCCAUGUUACUGACUGCUCUUAUAAAAGUCUGGUGAGGACAUCAUGUGGAACUGAAGGUUUUAAGAAUGCCAGAAAAGCGACGGGGGUGGCAGCACAAACGGCCGGUAUUGCUGCAGCUGCUAAAGCCAUUGAUAAAGGUGUGAAGUAUGUCAGAGUGGUGAUCAAAGGCCUUGGACCCGGACGACAGUCGUCUAUUAAAGGUCUGCAAAUGGGUGGCUUGGACAUAAUCUCUAUCACAGACAACACUCCGGUACCAAACAAUGGAUGCCGUCCCAGGAAAGCUAGAAGACUAUAGAUGUACACAGCAGUAAAAUUGUUUGCAUCCUGUAGCUGUAUGAAAGUCGAGAUGGCGAGAGAUGAGAAAACCUUUUCCAAGAGAACAUUGAUAUUGAAAAUAUCAUUCUGAAAAAUUAUUAAAGCAGUUACAUUUUUAACGUUUGUGAGUUAAUGCAUUGAUAGCCAUGCAUGUUUCACUCUAUACACUACUAUUAGUAAUCAGCUCCUUGGACACAUUUUUCUACACUUUUUUAUUGUAAUUCUUCAAUAUUUCUGGAAAUGAAUCCUAAUUUUGGAGCCAAC